CUGAAAACCACCAGCGAUCCUCAACACCACAACUCAUUCACGGACACUCCCUAAAUUGUCCACCAUGGCUGCAAUGAUGUCUGAUGCCAUUGAAUCUGAGCUUGGUGCUUCCAGCAGAAAUGGUACACCACGAGCCCGUCCGGCCCAAAGAGGCUCUUCGGCCAGACCUCGCGGCCCUCCCUCUGAGAGCAUUGCGCCUUUGAGCGACGAUGAAGGAUUCGCAGAUGAUCAGGUUGCGGCUGGAACAAGCAGACCAAAAAGAAAAGAUCGUCCAGUUCCACGAGUAGAGGAUGCGAUCGGACAAUACGUUCAGCUCAACUUCGAAGAUUUCCUGGAAAACUUCAUCGAAGAGCCCUCACCAUCGGGUGCACCGCCUGCGAGCGCUGUUACCACAGAUAAAUACUACAUCGCCCAGAUCCACGGCUUGAGGACGUACCAGCUUUCGACGCUCUAUGUCGACUAUACACAUCUCUCGUCAUACAAAGGUGGAGCCUUGGCCGACGGUAUCGUUGAAGAAUACUACAGAUUCGUGCCAUUCCUAACCAAGGGAUUACACAAUAUGAUCGCCAAGUACGAACCAAGAUACUUUCGCGACCAUCGCCAGCCUACCGCUUCCAGCAACCAGACUUCUUCAGGUGCGAGCAACGCAGCAUCUGCCAGUCAAUCUGACUUCCAAGGAGACAAGACCACCAAUCAGCAAACCGACAAGAUCUUUGCUUUGGCCUUCUACAACCUUCCCCUUGUCUCCCGAGUUCGACACUUGAGAACCCAAAACAUUGGUCAAUUGCUCUCAAUUUCAGGCACAGUCACCAGAACAUCCGAAGUCCGACCAGAACUCUCCCUUGCCACUUUCACUUGCGAAGCCUGCCGAAGUGCCGUCCCCAAUGUUGAGCAGACUUUUAGAUACACCGAGCCAACACAAUGCCCGAACGAGCUUUGCAACAACCGUCAGGGAUGGAGAUUAGAUAUCAGACAAAGCACUUUCGUCGAUUGGCAAAAGGUCCGAGUCCAGGAGAACAGUUCAGAAAUCCCAACGGGUAGCAUGCCUCGAACAAUGGAUGUCAUCCUGCGUGGAGAGAUUGUCGACCGAGCGAAGGCUGGAGAGAAAUGUAUCUUCACUGGAGCCCUUAUCGUUGUCCCCGAUGUCAGCCAACUCGGUCUUCCUGGAGUUCGACCGGUGGCUGUACGAGACAACCAGAACAGAAGUGGAGACGCUGGCGGUGUAACCGGCCUCAAGGCUCUUGGUGUGCGCGAUCUUACCUACCGACUUGCUUUCUUGGCCUGUAUGGUGACUCCAGACACCUCCACCACUGGAUCAGCCGUGAGCCAGCAGCUGAAUGGCCAGUCCAACAAUAUUUUGGCUUCACUCAAUCAGACAGCCCCAAUCGAUCCCAACGAGCCCGGAGAUCAUGCACAAGAAGCUGUCCUUGCAUCGAUGACUCACGCCGAGAUUGAGGAUCUCCGGGAAAUGGUUCAUAGUGAUCACAUCUACUCUCGACUUGUCAACUCCCUUGCUCCUAUGGUCUACGGCCAUGAAAUUGUCAAGAAGGGUCUUCUUCUUCAGCUGAUGGGCGGCUUGAGCAAGACUACCCCUGAAGGAAUGGCACUGAGAGGUGACAUCAACAUUUGCAUUGUCGGUGAUCCUUCAACAUCAAAGUCACAAUUUCUGAAGUAUAUCUGCUCUUUCUUGCCCCGAGCUGUCUAUACCUCUGGUAAGGCAUCUUCAGCAGCAGGUCUUACAGCUGCUGUGGUCAAGGAUGAAGAGACGGGAGAGUUCACCAUCGAGGCUGGUGCUUUGAUGUUGGCAGACAACGGCAUUUGCGCCAUUGACGAGUUCGACAAGAUGGACAUCAGCGAUCAAGUUGCUAUCCACGAAGCUAUGGAACAGCAGACCAUCUCCAUUGCCAAGGCUGGUAUUCAAGCAACUUUAAAUGCCAGAACCUCGAUUUUGGCAGCUGCAAACCCUGUUGGAGGUCGAUACAACCGAAAGACUACGCUGCGGGCCAACAUCAAUAUGUCUGCUCCUAUCAUGUCACGUUUCGAUCUGUUCUUCGUCAUCUUGGAUGAAUGUAAUGAGACUGUCGACCGUCAUCUCGCAGAGCACAUCGUUGGUAUCCAUCAGCUCCGUGACGAGGCCGUGCAGCCAGAGUUCACGACAGAACAACUGCAACGCUACAUUCGUUUUGCGAAGACCUUCAAGCCAGAAUUUACACCUGAGGCAAAGGAGAUCCUCGUGCAGAAGUACAAGGAGCUUCGAAGCGAUGAUGCUCAAGGAGGAAUCGGCCGAAACAGCUACAGAAUCACCGUCCGUCAACUUGAAUCCAUGAUUCGACUCUCCGAGGCUAUCGCCAAAGCCAAUUGCGUUGAAGAAAUUACACCGGCCAUGGUCAUUGAGGCUUUCAACCUUCUGAGACAGAGUAUUAUCUCAGUUGAGAAAGAUGAUGUCGAAGUCGAUGAAGAGGACGAGGAUGCUGUGGUUGCAAAUGGCACGAAUGGUCAUCGUAGAGAUACUGAUGGGGAUUCUCCCAUGGCUGAUGCAGAUGACGAUGAGGAUGGAGACAAUGGUCCAGAUGGUGGAGCUGGACCAAGUGCUGCUGCCCCUGCUGCCCCUGCAGCUGCCAGCGGCGAGAAACAGAAGACGAAGAUCUCGUAUGAUAAAUACAUCAGUGUGGUCAAUCUUCUUGUACAGAGAGUCAAUGAAGAUGAGAUGAGCAAUGGAGAGGGCGUUGAUGGGGAGACGCUUGUGGAGUGGUAUUUGGAACAGAAGGAGAACGAGUUGAAUGGGGAGGCGGAUUACCAUGCAGAGAUGGCAUUGACGAAGAAGAUAAUCAGGAGAAUGGUUAAGGAAAAUAUUCUCAUGGCAAUAAGAGGCCAAGGUUUGGUGGGUGAAGACGGAGAAGGCAGCUCAAGUACAGCUGAGAAGACUGUGUACGUUCUGCAUCCCAAUUGUGCGGUCGAGGAGUAUUAGAUAGGAGGUGGAGCGGAUUGUAUGAAUGAUGAGCGGUGGUGUGCUGAUAACAGAGGCGCGCACGGAGUGGAUACCAUGAGAUGCCUUUGGGCGCUGGGCGUUAUUUGUUAGAGUUUGGCGUGGUUUUGUCUACAAGGAGGUGUCUAAUGAAACGAAAGUCUUCACUGAAGUCGCGGAAUUUAUCACGAAGUGAGGAAAUGCCAGUCGGCCAGGGAGUGGACAUCGUAACUUGCAAGUGCAACUGUUUCUCGCUUCUUUAAAAAUACUACCAAAUAAUACAGUAUCUUUCUG